UGGAUGUUUUCUCCAUGGGGACUGUGAAGAUGUCCCAGAUGUGGAUGCUGAGAUGGGUUGUCCUAAUGGCGAGGAUACAGGCAGGCUUUAUGGAAGAUUUCGGAGUAAUGGGAGAUUCUACAGACUUGACAAUGUGGCCAACAACAGCAACAUCAGGCUAUUCUUUUUCAGUUCGUGCCAGUAACCACGUCAGCAACAUCUGUAGCAUGUGGGGAAACUUCCAUUUCAAGACGUUUGAUGGAGUCUUUUACCAGUUCCCAGGCACAUGCGAGUAUAACCUGGUGUCCGACUGCCAAAGCCUCAUUCGUCAGUUCUCAGUUUACGUGAAGAGAACAGAAAACACCAGUAGCCCAAAGAUCACCAGAGUCCUAGUUACCGUCAAUGACAUUACCGUUGAAAUCACCGCAAACCAGGUUAUAGUCAAUGGAAAAAAUAAAUCGCUGCCCGUGCUUGUCGCGGGAAUCCUUGUGGAAGAGAACACGAUUUACAUGAGACUGCGUUCAAAAAUGGGCAUCACAGUCAUGUGGAACAAAGACGAUGCAGUCAUGGUGGAGUUGGACUCCAAAUAUUUAAACCAAACCUGUGGAUUGUGCGGCGAUUUCAAUGGGGCUCCGGUUUAUAAUGAGUUUAUUCAAUCAGAAUUUGGAUAUAAACGACAUUUAGGCUACAUUGAGUUUGGGAACAAGCACAAAGUUCUCAACCCAGUUGUGGACUGCAAAAACCCCUCUGAAGAAGACGAUGAGCAGAAUUUAUUAGACCUGUCAACAAUAAAUUGGGCAGAUUAUGAAGACGUUAUAAUUUAUGAAGACUGGUCCUCCUGUAUCGAGAUUUUGAACCCUGAGCCGUACAUCAAGGCCUGUAUGAAUGAUAUGUACUCGAAUCAGCCUGAAGACACUGACAACUCCACGCUAUGUGCGACUUUGUCUGAAUAUUCACGUCAGUGUUCGCAUGCUGGAGGAACUCCACCGACCUGGAGAAAAGCUGACUUCUGCGCCGUCAAGUGCCCCUACAAUAUGGUACAUUCUGAAAGCGGCUCCCCCUGCAUGGACACAUGCUCACACAAAGACACAAACGCACUGUGUGAGGAACAUAACAUGGACGGCUGCUUCUGCCCACCAGGGACUGUAUUUGAUGAAAUCUCAAACAUGGGCUGUGUCAUGGUGGAAGAGUGUCAGUGUAAGCACGACAAUAUCAUCUAUAGUUCAGGAGAGGUUCUCCAAAAACAUAACGGGGAAUGUAUAUGUAAGGAGGGAACCUGGAUCUGUACAAGUAUUCCUGGCCCUGGCCUGUGUUCAGUAGAGGAAGGAUCUCACUUCACCACCUUUGAUGGGAAAGAAUUCACUUUCCAUGGAGACUGCAACUAUGUGCUCUCUCAAGACUUUGCGGAGUCAAAGUUCAUCAUACUGGGUCAGAUUGUUCCAUGUGCUAACCUUAAUACUGACACCUGCUUGAAAUCUAUAGAAGUGAUGUUUAACAAUGACAAAAACCAUCGUCUAGUGAUUAAAGCUGACGGCACAGUUCAACACAAUGCGAUAGUUCCACUUCCUUACAUGACAGCUGACUUCACGGUGUUCAUGCCGUCAUCGUUUUACAUCAUGGUUCAGACCACCUUUGGUCUGCAGGUGCAGGUACAGCUGGUGCCUCUUAUGCAGGUCUACAUCACAGUGGGCCAGAGCUUCCAGGACAAAACUUGUGGUCUUUGUGGAAAUUUUAACAAAGUGCUGUCAGAUGAUCUGAAGACCCCUCAGGGACUGGUGGAGGGUACAGCGGUUUCCUUUGCAAAUGCCUGGAAGGCCCAGUCCAACUGCCCCGACCGCACUGAGAGACUGGACGACCCCUGUUCCUACAGCAGUGACAGCAAGAACUUCGCUGAGCACUGGUGUUCCCAGAUGAAGAAAAAGAAGAGUCUUUUUGCCCAAUGUCAUGCCAGGGUCAAUCCAGACAGCUACUACAAAAGAUGCAAAUACUCCAGCUGUACCUGUGAGAAGAGCGAGGACUGUCUGUGUGCCGUCUUCUCCUCGUAUGCCCGGGCCUGUGCAGCUAAAGGAAUAAUCCUCCAAGGCUGGAGAGAAAUCGUAUGUGAGAAGUAUACAGAGAAUUGCCCGGCCUCGCAGAACUACUCCUAUGAGCUGCAGAGCUGUCAGCGUACCUGUCUGUCUCUCGCCUCGGAGCGUCAAAGCUGCAGUCUUAACUUUGUGCCUGUUGAUGGAUGCACAUGUCCAGAGGGACUCUACCAGGAUGAGAAUGGACUGUGUGUGCCUAUGGAAAAAUGCCCAUGUUACCACAAUGGAGGGACAGUCCAACCUGGCUCAUCUGUCAAUAUUAAGAACACUGGUGAACACUGUGUUUGUGUGAACGGAACAUUCCGCUGUUUGUCUUGGAAACCUCCAGUUGUGGAGUGUACUCCUCCGAAGAUGUUCUUCAACUGCAGUACAGCACGUCCCAAUGAACAUGGAUUAAUGUGUGCACAGACGUGUAUGCAAAAGGAAACUGAUUGUUUCUCGCAGGAUUGUGAGUCUGGCUGCCAGUGUCCUGCAGGUCUACUUGAUGAUGGCAGAGGAAACUGUGUUAGACCUCAUGACUGUCCAUGUCCUCACAAUGGACAGUUCUAUGCACCAGGGACUGAGAUAACCGUAGACUGCAAUAAGUGCACUUGUCAGCACGGAACAUGGACAUGCACAAAUAAUAUCUGUCCAGGCGUCUGCACAAUAUAUGGAAGUGGACAUUAUAAAACUUUUGACCAGCAGAGAUUUGGCUUCAGGGGAGAGUGCAGUUAUAUAGCUGCUCAGGACAAAUGUGGAAAUAAAACAGGAUUUUUUCAUGUAAUCACUGAGAAUAUUCCUUGUGGAACAACAGGGACAACAUGCUCAAAGGCUGUUGUCAUACUUUUGGGGAGAACUAAACUACAGCUUUACGGUGGGACUGUAACAGCCGUCGACACUGAAAGUGGUCCACAGAUCAAUUACAAUAUGGCAAACAUUGGGAUGUACCUUGUCAUUGAUGCUGACAUCGGACUGACAAUUUUGUGGGACCGCAAAACAACUGUUCGGAUCAUUUUGCAACCUCAACACAUGAGAGGCGUUUGUGGACUGUGUGGAAAUUUCAAUGGGAAUGGAAAAGACGACUUCACUACUCAAGGCAGUUUGCAAACCACAGACAUAAUGGAGUUUGUCGAUAGCUGGAAAGUGUUAGGUGCCUGCCCUGAUCCUGCACCAGACUUUGACCCAUGCUUAAAAAACCUUGAACGAGAGCCAUGGGCAAAAUUACAAUGUAGCAUUGUAAAGGACCGUGAAGGUGCAUUCAAACAUUGCCAUAACAAGGUGGAUCCAAGCCCAUAUUAUGAGAACUGUGUAAAGGACUCAUGUGCAUGUGACACAGGUGGAGAUUGUGAGUGCUUCUGUACAGCUGUUGCAGCUUAUGCUCAAGCCUGCAUUAAGGCAGGUGUUUGUGUGAACUGGAGAACCCCUGAAAUCUGCCCUGUGUACUGUGACUACUACAAUAAACCAGAAAUAUGCACAUGGCAUUAUAAUCCUUGUGGUGUACCUUGCUACAAAACUUGUCGGAAUCCUCUUGGGAUCUGCAAUAACACUUUACCUAGCCUGGAAGGAUGUUAUCCAGAAUGUCCAAACGACAAACCUAUUUUUGAUGAGCAAAAUCAGGUCUGUGUGAAGGAAUGUAUUGCCACAUGCUAUGUCAAUGGAACUGAGUACAAGCCUGGAGAGAAUGUACCAACUGAUAAGUCCUGUCAUGAGUGUAUCUGUAAAGAACAUGGUAAUAUAAAGUGUUCUCAAAAUCCUGGGUGCUGUAACUAUGGUGGAAAACAAUAUGGCCACAACGACAUCAUUUACAACAUUAAGGAUAACAUGGAAAUGUGCUAUUAUGCCGUUUGUAUAAAUGCCACUGUGAUCGCAUCACAAAAACCCUGCACAAAAACGACUAGCACAACACCUUCAAUAUUUACAACCACCUUCACUACUACUCCUAUACCACCUGUGUCAACAGAAACACCACCUGUAACUAGUACAAGAACUAGCACAACAACUUCAACAUUUACAACCUCAUCCACUACUACAACUACUCCUAUGCCACCUGAUUCAACAGAAACGCCACCUGGAAUUAGUACAAGUACUACCUCAACAUCUUCAACCUUUACAACCUCCUCCACUACUACAACUACUCCUAUGCCACCUGAUUCAACAGAAACGCCACCUGAAACUAGUACGAGUAUUAUCACACCUUCAACAUUUACAAGCACUUCCACUACUACAACUACUCCUAUGCCACCUGAGUCAACAGAAACACUACCUGUAACUAGUACAAGUACUAGCACAACACCUUCAACAUUUACAACCUCAUCCACUACUACAACAACUCCUAUGCCACCUGAGUCAACAGAAACGCCACCUGGAAUUAGUACAAGUACUACCUCAACAUCUUCAACCUUUACAACCUCCUCCACUGAUACAACUACUCCUAUGCCACCUGAGUCAACAGAAACACCACCUGUAACUAGUACAAGUACUAGCACAACACCUUCAACAUUUACAACCUCAUCCACUACUACAACAAGUCCUAUGCCACCUGAGUCAACAGAAACGCCACCUGGAAUUAGUACAAGUACUACCUCAACGCCUUCGACCUUUACAAUCUCCUCCACUACUACAACUACUCCUAUGCCACCUGAUUCAACAGAAACGCCACGUGAAACUAGUACAAGUAUUACCACACCUUCAACCUUUACAACCCCAUCCACUACUACAACUACUCCUAUGCCACCAGAGUCAACAGAAACACCACCUGUAAUUAGUACAAGUACUACCUCAACACCUUCAACAUUUACAAGCACUUCCACUACUACAACUACUCCUAUGCCACUUGUGUCAACAGAAACGCCACCUGUAAUUAGUACAAGUACUACCUCAACACCUUCAACCUUUACAACCUCCUCCACUACUACAACUACUUCUAUGCCACCAGACUCAACAGAAACACCACCUGAAACUAGUACAAGUACUAGCACAACACCUUCAACAUUUUCAAGCACUUCCACUACUACAACUACUCCUAUGCCACCUGAGUCAACAGAAACACCACCUGUAACUAGUACAAGUACUACCACCACACCUACGACAUUUAUAAGCACUUCCACUACUACAACUAUUCCUAUGCCACCCGAGUCAACAGAAACGCCACCUGAAAUUAGUACAAGUACUAGCACAACACCUUCAACCUUUACUACCUCCUCCACUACUAAAACUACUCCUAUGCCACCUGAGUCAACAGAAAAGCCACCUGUAGCUAGUACGAGUAUUACCACACCUUCAACAUUUUCAAGCACUUCCACUACUACAACUACUCCUAUGUCACCUGAGUCAACAGAAACACCACCUGUAAUUAGUACAAGUACUACCUCAACACCUUCGACCUUUACAAUCUCCUCCACUACUACAACUACUCCUAUGCCACCAGACUCAACAGAAACACCACCUGAUACUAGUACAAGUACUAGCACAACACCUUCAACCUUUACAACCUCCUCCACUACUACAACUACUUCUAUGCCACCUGAGUCAACAGAAACACCACCUGUAACUAGUACAAGUACUACCACCACACCUACGACAUUUAUAAGCACUUCCACUACUACAACUAUUCCUAUGCCACCCGAGUCAACAGAAACGCCACCUGAAAUUAGUACAAGUACUAGCACAACACCUUCAACCUUUACUACCUCCUCCACUACUAAAACUACUCCUAUGCCACCUGAGUCAACAGAAACACCACCUGUAACUAGUACGAGUAUUACCACACCUUCAACAUUUUCAAGCACUUCCACUACUACAACUAUUCCUAUGCCACCCGAGUCAACAGAAACGCCACCUGAAAUUAGUACAAGUACUAGGACAACACCUUCAACCUUUACUACCUCCUCCACUACUAAAACUACUCCUAUGCCACCUGAGUCAACAGAAACGCCACCUGUAACUAGUACGAGUAUUACCACACCUUCAACAUUUUCAAGCACUUCCACUACUACAACUACUUCUAUGCUACCUGAGUCAACAGAAACACCACCUGUAACUAGUAGAAGUACUACCACCACACCUACGACAUUUAUAAGCACUUCCACUACUACAACUAUUCCUAUGCCACCCGAGUCAACAGAAACGCCACCUGAAAUUAGUACAAGUACUAGCACAACACCUUCAACCUUUACAACCUCCUCCACUACUACAACUACUCCUAUGCCACCAGACUUAACAGAAACACCACCUGAAACUAGUACAAGUACUAGCACACCUUCAACCUUUACAACCUCCUCCACUACUACAACUACUUCUAUGCCACCUGAGUCAACAGAAACACCACCUGUAACUAGUACAAGUACUACCACCACACCUACGACAUUUAUAAGCACUUCCACUACUACAACUAUUACUAUGCCACCCGAGUCAACAGAAACGCCACCUGAAAUUAGUACAAGUACUAGCACAACACCUUCAACCUUUACAACCUCCUCCACUACUACAACUACUCCUAUGCCACCUGAGUCAACAGAAACACCACCUGUAAUUAGUACAAGUACUACCUCAACACCUUCGACCUUUACAAUCUCCUCCACUACUACAACUAUUCCUAUGCCACCCGAGUCAACAGAAACGCCACCUGUAACUAGUACGAGUAUUACCACACCUUCAACAUUUUCAAGCACUUCCACUACUACAACUACUCCUAUGUCACCUGAGUCAACAGAAACACCACCUGUAAUUAGUACAAGUACUACCUCAACACCUUCGACCUUUACAAUCUCCUCCACUACUACAACUACUCCUAUGCCACCAGACUCAACAGAAACACCACCUGAUACUAGUACAAGUACUAGCACAACACCUUCAACCUUUACAACCUCCUCCACUACUACAACUACUUCUAUGCCACCUGAGUCAACAGAAACACCACCUGUAACUAGUACAAGUACUACCACCACACCUACGACAUUUAUAAGCACUUCCACUACUACAACUAUUCCUAUGCCACCCGAGUCAACAGAAACGCCACCUGAAAUUAGUACAAGUACUAGCACAACACCUUCAACCUUUACUACCUCCUCCACUACUAAAACUACUCCUAUGCCACCUGAGUCAACAGAAACACCACCUGUAACUAGUACGAGUAUUACCACACCUUCAACAUUUUCAAGCACUUCCACUACUACAACUACUCCUAUGCCACCUGAGUCAACAGAAACACCACCUGUAACUAGUACAAGUACUACCACCACACCUACGACAUUUAUAAGCACUUCCACUACUACAACUAUUCCUAUGCCACCCGAGUCAACAGAAACGCCACCUGAAAUUAGUACAAGUACUAGGACAACACCUUCAACCUUUACUACCUCCUCCACUACUAAAACUACUCCUAUGCCACCUGAGUCAACAGAAACGCCACCUGUAACUAGUACGAGUAUUACCACACCUUCAACAUUUUCAAGCACUUCCACUACUACAACUACUUCUAUGCCACCUGAGUCAACAGAAACACCACCUGUAACUAGUACAAGUACUACCACCACACCUACGACAUUUAUAAGCACUUCCACUACUACAACUAUUCCUAUGCCACCCGAGUCAACAGAAACGCCACCUGAAAUUAGUACAAGUACUAGCACAACACCUUCAACCUUUACAACCUCCUCCACUACUACAACUACUCCUAUGCCACCUGAGUCAACAGAAACACCACCUGUAAUUAGUACAAGUACUACCUCAACACCUUCGACCUUUACAAUCUCCUCCACUACUACAACUAUUCCUAUCACCCCGAGUCAACAGAAACGCCACCUCACUUCCACUACUACAGCUACUCCUAUGCCACCUGAGUCAACAGAAACACCACCUGUAAUUAGUACAAGUACUACCUCAACACCUUCAACCUUUACAAUCUCCUCCGCUACUACAACUACUCCUAUGCCACCUGAUUCAACAGAAAUGCCACCUGAAACUAGGACGAGUAUUACCACACCUUCAACAUUUUCAAGCACUUCCACUACUACAACAACUCCUAUGCCACCUGAGUCAACAGAAACGCCACCUGGAAUUAGUACAAGUACUACCUCAACAUCUUCAACCUUUACAACCUCCUCCACUACUACAACUACUCCUAUGCCACCUGAUUCAACAGAAACUCCACCUGAAACUAGUACAAGUACUAGCACAACACCUUCAACCUUUACAACCUCCUCCACUACUACAACUAUUCCUAUGCCACCCGAGUCAACAGAAACGCCACCUGAAAUUAGUACAAGUACUAGCACAACACCUUCAACCUUUACUACCUCCUCCACUACUAAAACUACUCCUAUGCCACCUGAGUCAACAGAAAAGCCACCUGUAACUAGUACGAGUAUUACCACACCUUCAACAUUUUCAAGCACUUCCACUACUACAACUACUCCUAUGCCACCUGAGUCAACAGAAACACCACCUGUAAUUAGUACAAGUACUACCUCAACACCUUCGACCUUUACAAUCUCCUCCACUACUACAACUACUCCUAUGCCACCAGACUCAACAGAAACACCACCUGAAACUAGUACAAGUACUAGCACAACACCUUCAACCUUUACAACCUCCUCCACUACUACAACUACUUCUAUGCCACCUGAGUCAACAGAAACACCACCUGUAACUAGUACAAGUACUACCACCACACCUACGACAUUUACAAGCACUUCCACUACUACAACUAUUCCUAUGCCACCCGAGUCAACAGAAACGCCACCUGAAAUUAGUACAAGUACUAGGACAACACCUUCAACCUUUACUACCUCCUCCACUACUAAAACUACUCCUAUGCCACCUGAGUCAACAGAAACGCCACCUGUAACUAGUACGAGUAUUACCACACCUUCAACAUUUUCAAGCACUUCCACUACUACAACUACUUCUAUGCCACCUGAGUCAACAGAAACACCACCUGUAACUAGUACAAGUACUACCACCACACCUACGACAUUUAUACGCACUUCCACUACUACAACUAUUCCUAUGCCACCCGAGUCAACAGAAACGCCACCUGAAAUUAGUACAAGUACUAGCUCAACACCUUCAACCUUUACAACCUCCUCCACUACUACAACUACUCCUAUGCCACCAGACUCAACAGAAACACCACCUGAAACUAGUACAAGUACUAGCACACCUUUAACCUUUACAACCUCCUCCACUACUACAACUACUUCUAUGCCACCUGAGUCAACAGAAACACCACCUGUAACUAGUACAAGUACUACCACCACACCUACGACAUUUAUAAGCACUUCCACUACUACAACUAUUCCUAUGCCACCCGAGUCAACAGAAACGCCACCUGAAAUUAGUACAAGUACUAGCACAACACCUUCAACCUUUACAACCUCCUCCACUACUACAACUACUCCUAUGCCACCUGAGUCAACAGAAACACCACCUGUAAUUAGUACAAGUACUACCUCAACACCUUCGACCUUUACAAUCUCCUCCACUACUACAACUAUUCCUAUGCCACCUGAUUCAACAGAAAUGCCACCUGAAACUAGGACGAGUAUUACCACACCUUCAACAUUUUCAAGCACUUCCACUACUACAACAACUCCUAUGCCACCUGAGUCAACAGAAACGCCACCUGGAAUUAGUACAAGUACUACCUCAACAUCUUCAACCUUUACAACCUCCUCCACUACUACAACUACUCCUAUGCCACCUGAGUCAACAGAAACACCACCUGUAACUAGUACAAGUGCUACUGCAACACCUUCAACCUUUACAAUCUCCUUCACUACUACAACUACUCCUAUACCACCGUCAACAGAAAUGCCACCUCUUAUUAGUACAAGUACUAGCACAGCACCUUUGUCAUCUACAACCUCAUCCACUACUAAAACAUUUCCCCCUUCGAAAUAUGCAACUCUUCCUACACCAUUUGGACCUACUAUAAGUACUCCACUAUGUUUUUGUUUAGUUCAAGGAAGACAAUAUAAGCCUGGAGAAUCGAUAUUUGAUCACAAGCACAUUGGUUCAGGGAUUUGUCUGACCAUGAUCUGCUCCAUAAGUUGUGAAAUUCAGAACAGCACUCAACAAUGUCCAUCACCUAUAUCACCUACACCUGCUCCACAAUAUGACUGUCCAGAAUGGAACAAAAAUACUAACGAGACCUUCAGCAUAUCUGACUGCUCUAUGGCAAAGUGCAUAAAAGGAAGCGUCAUUGAGAUUGUACCAUUGCAAUGUCCUCUACUCCAAAACAUUACCUGUGAAAAUCAUCAGCCGGCAGUGGUAGUCUAUGAUAAGUCCCAGUGCUGCCAGCAAUACGCCUGUGAUUGCUUUUGUGAAGGCUGGGGUAACUCACAUUACAUGACAUUCGAUGGACUGUUCUACAGUUAUCAAGGAAAUUGCACUUAUAUAUUAAUGGAGGAAAUUAGGCCUCGAUACCAUUUGAAGAUCUACAUUGACAAUAUCGACUGUGACAUUAGUGAGCAUGCAUCUUGUCCUAGAUCCGUUACUGUGUCUUACAAUGAUCAAGUUGUCACACUUAGGAAUCAAGCUGGAGGUGCAAAUCUAGAGGCUCUGAAGGACAAUGUGAAGCUAACACUGCCAUAUGCUCACAAUGGUGUGAAAGUAAUAAGCUCAGGACUAGACAACUUGUUCCUGAGUAUUCCAGAGCUGAAUGUUGAUUUAACAUUCAGAGGCCUUGGCUUUAGCAUCAAUCUGCCAUUCCAGCAUUUUGGAAACAACACACAAGGCCACUGUGGAACAUGCAAUAACAACCAGGCUGAUGACUGCAUGAUUCCUGGAGGGAUUUUGGUUAAUGACUGUAAAGUGAUGGCGGAUUACUGGCAAGUCAAUGCUAUGAAUGGCAAAAAUUGCCAUCCAGUUCCAGAUAUAUCCCCACCGAAGCCAGACACACAAUGCCUAGCCCAAUCUGACUGCAAUCUUCUCGAGAGCAAGCUGUUUAAAGCGUGCCAUUCCCAUGUGCCACCUAAAAACUUCUUUUUAGCUUGUCAGUUGGAUAGUUGUAAUAUGAACAACCCCACCAUGGCAUGUGCCAGUCUUCAGAGCUAUGCAAGGGCUUGCUCCCAGGUCGGAGUCUGCAUACACUGGAGGAACUACACUAAACAUUGCAACAUUAAAUGUCCAGAAGAUAAAAUAUUUUCACCUUGUGGUCCAUCUGAACCACCAACGUGUAGAGAUGGGCCUAUACAGAACACCAAAACAAUGCCCACAGAAGGCUGCUUCUGCCCUGAGAAUACAAUACUCUUCAACACAGAGUCAGGAUUAUGUGUGCCAAAAUGUGGAUGCUUGGACCCAUCUGGUAGACCACGUGAGUAUGAUGAGCGUUUUAGGUACAACUGUGAGGACUGUGUCUGCGAUAGGGCAAGCCAAUCAGUGAUCUGUAAACCCAAGAAGUGUCCUGAUGUAAAUCCUGAGAUCUGCACUAAGCCCGGCUUUGUGCUGGUCAACGUCACCGAUCCCUCAGACCCAUGCUGCAGGAAACAAGUUUGCCAUUGUGCCAUUGACAUGUGCCAAAGUGGAUUAUGUAUACAAGAGUCCUGCAUUUAUAAUGCACCAGACAACACCAGACAUAUUGUCAAGAGUGGAGAGGAAUACAAUUACAAAUGUGAAACUGUUAUCUGCCGUCAACUGAAAGACUCGUAUGUGAUUGAGAAGAGCAUAACAAAAUGUCCUGUAAUGGACUGUGCACCUGGGUUUAAAUAUCAGAAAAACGUUGAAGAUUGCUGUGGAACAUGUACACAAUUUGCCUGCGUAUAUGAUGCUCCAGACAAAACCAGACACAUCCUCAAGGAUGGAGAAGUUGACAAUUACCAUUGUGAAACUGUUACCUGUCAUGCAUUUAAUGGCUCGUUUGUGACGGAGAAGACCAAAACUGAAUGUUCUUACUUAAGUUCAUUUGACUGUGGGCCUGGGUUUGAAUAUAUAAAAAAAGAAGGAGAGUGCUGUGGAUCAUGUAGACAAGUGGCCUGUAUUUACGAUGCACCAGACAAAACCAGACAUAUUCUCAAGGAUGGAAUGGAACGCAAUUUUAAAUGUAUGAAUGCUACCUGUAUGAGAAAGAACGGCAUGUUCAUGACAAUGGAGAGCUUUAAGCAAUGCCCACCCUUUAAUCCAGAUGACUGUGUGCCUGAAACAGUGCAAUUUGACAAAGAUGGAUGCUGCCAGAUAUGUGAAACCAGGAACUGCAUUCUUCGGAAGAACUUUAAAAUUCUGCGUGUGAAAGACUGCUCUUCCAUCAGUGAAGUAGAAAUAGCAUUUUGCACUGGCCACUGUGACGAUGAAUCAAGGUAUUCGAUGGAAAAGAACAACAUGGCGCAAAGCUGUUCUUGCUGCCAGGGGAACAAUUUCAUCACAAAAGAGGUGAUGCUUAAAUGCGUCAACGGCACCAUGAUCCCUCAUAACUACAAUUAUGUUGAGAGCUGCAUAUGCACUUCUGCCAUGUGCAAAAAUUACGCUGAGGAAAAGAGCCCUGUACAACUGCAAACCUUUAAUGAGAGGUUAGGAGAAAACAAACGAAACAUAGAAAAACAUGAAGAAUACCAUCCCUACGGACAAUUUAAAGGACGGCACUAAUUAUGGUUAAAAUCUGAACAUUACAUUAACUGACAUAAUGCUAAUAUUCCUAAUAAAUACAAUUUAUUUUGUACCUGUGCAAUAUAGGCCGCAAUAAUGAUACAGGUAACAGGCAAGAUGCAAGUUAUGGCAAGAAUGUUGGUGUAUGGUUUUCCCACUGUAAAUGAUAAGAUCAUAGUUUUCACUUCCAAAAUCUGCACAUUGCAAAGUAUUUUACUGUAAAGAAAUGACAUAAAAUGGCAUUUCACCAUUUAUAGUAAACAAACAUUAACCAAUUAUCAGGUUUCAUCAUAUACUUGAAAAAAAAAACUGUUGAUCUGUCAUGCCAAGAAAGCAAAACAUAAAAAAUAUAUAACCAAAGGUGGCAAUAAUCAUUUAAGCUGAUUGUUGUAGUGCAUUAAGGCUUGGUUUCUUUUUCGUUUCAUUUUUUUUUUCUUGCAAAUAUUGCACCACGGAUUGAUUUAGGGUAGGUCUAAUCAAUAAUCUUUACACUUUUUAGUAAUGCAUGAUAUAAUGAUGUAUUUUUCCUUUCAAUGAAGUGAAUUAAAAUCACAAUAAAGCAAUAUAA